UCCACAGGCGCGCACCGAUUCAACUCGUCGCGGUAACCAACCAGCAAUGGCGUUCAAGGGGAUAACAGUGCCGCCCAAGGACCAGUUCACCGCGGAGCCGACGACCCUGGAGGUGACCGUGCUGUCAGCGGAGGAGGUCGUCCUCAAGGAGCUCCUGCGCCGCCCGCUGGACCGCGGCGCCUACGCCGUGGUGCACAUGGAAAGGCCGGACGGGACGUUGUACACGGACAAGCCAACCCCGCGCACCGGAAUCAACGACGAGGACAGCGACUGCAACGGGUACCCCUACUGGGGCGAGGCGGUGCGGGUCACGCUCCCCGCGGGCGUGCCGGCCAUCCACGUGGUGAUCUGCCGCUGGACGGACUCCGUGGCCGCGGCGCGGGUGCCCGUCGCCGACUUCAGCGUCGGCCCGCCGGGCCACCUGCAUUGCCUCAGCUACCGGCUAUUAGACACCGAGUCGGUGACGAAGAGACGCAACGGCAUCGUCAACAUCACUGUCAAGAGGCUCGACGGCGCGCAGGCCAAAGGGAAAGGCGGGAAAGACGUGGAGGAGGCCGCGAGUGGCACUGGUUAUUCCUGCUGUGGUGGUGUCGCCGAGGAGGGGAAGGUGUCGAUCGCCGCGGCUACGGCGGCGGCACCUGCCGGUGCGGUGAUAGGCUAUCCCGUCGAGUUCUAUGCUGCUGGGCAGGCUAAUGGAAAGGGCUCCGUAUAGAGUGGCAUUACAUUCUUCUUGAUCAUGCCAUAUGUACAAAUCAUGCCGAAAUUGUGCUAC